AUUCACAUCAACAGCAGCUCCCCUGCCUGUGUGCUACUAGCAUCGCAAGAAGCUAGCUAAUCAAAUCCAUCGGGACAGAGCUACAUUUCUAGCCCACAAUACGCCACGGAUUCAAAAACAGCGUUGAAUUACGUUUUGUUUUUUAUUAUGGUGUCUUGAAAUUAUAUUCGGUUGAUGCAGCUGUGACUCAAGGAUGUUGAUAAUGUAUGUAACACGCAAACAAGCUAAUGCUAACUGAUGCACUCUUACCUUGACACUUUGGUCACUGGAGCACGUUGCCAUCCUCCGACCGUGGAAAUCAUACGACACAUCGUGGAUUAGAUCUUUGUGGUCUGCAGCGAUACUGCGGGCGACAAACAUGCUUACAACUACAAUAUACCACCAGUACUAGCCAGCUACCAUGCUAGGUUGUCAUGUGUCCCUUAUGCAUGAGUGUGCGGGUGUUUGGCGGGUCUGUCUGCCACGAGCGUCAGUGAUGGCCACAAGAUGGCGCAGUCGCACCUUUUGUAUGAAAAUGAUCCAAUGAGGUAAUUUAUGAUAACGUUUAUUUUGCAAAAAUGAAACUAUAAAAUGAACUUUUUUCUUAAGCAGUCCGAAAAUUCAUCAUUAUGGGUGACUUCGAGCGAUUGUUUGAACUCAGCGUUAAUAUUUGUUCUGCUUGGGUUGCCAGGUUUUGUAUCACAACAAUCAUGUACCAACAUUUUAUGUUACAAUAUCAUAAUGUGCAUAAGUGGCUUGUAAACAGACAUUAUUAGUUUUUCUUCUUCUUGCUAUUUGUGGUUUUGUUCGUUGUUUGAUAUUGUCUGUCAUAUCAUGUAAAAUGACAUAAAAAAACAGAUAUUUCUCCAGGGAAAAUGAAGUAAAAUUUUAACAUAUUAUUGAGAGCUAUCUAUGUAGAUUUAUGCCGCUGCAUAAUAACGACAACAAUAUGAAAGUAGAUUAUUCGGAUAAGCUUUAUUCACGUAGUUUGGUCGGUCGAUAUAAACACAUAACUGGCAACCCGAGUCGGUCAGCGUGCAUGCAGUCCUGUGCAAGAGCAGCAGACUCCCCGCAGGGAUCCCAGGGUUACACAGACUGCAGUUUACAUGGCUCAGAGAGAGGAGUAACUCUGUGAGCGGUGCCGUAAACACUCUACGAUCAUCCACUGAGUGUCUCGGGGCACUAUUUACGAUACCAUGGAGCAAGAAUUUGAAGACAUUGACUCGUCCGGGAGAUGGCAGAACCUUUAUAACGUAAGUGGGGACACUGGGCCUCUCGUGUUUCUAUGACGAUCGGUUGCUAACUUGCUUAGCAUUAGCUAGCUAAUUUGAUAGCUCGCCCGUUAACGUCUUUACACAUAUUUGUUUCUCAACAGUCUAAAUGUGAUUCAGUAAGUCUUUUUAGCUGAUAGACCCCAUGUCAUUGUGUAGAGGACAGAUAUAGGUGUAUGCCGUCAGUGACAGUGAAUGGGGAAACUAAGCCAGCGGUCCGCUGGUCGUCGCGGACUUCCGUAGCUGAAAACGUGCAGCAGCUUCUCAGAGCUGAGCUCCGUUUGCUAAAGCUGGCUGACGCUAACAGACGUCAGCUGCAGUUUCUGAGAACUGCUCUGGACUUCUAGAGAAAAGCGCAUGUGUUUUACCACCAGCUGUCUGACAGAGCCCAGCAUUUAGUUUGUCAUGACUCUGAUCCGAUUUGAUAUUGCCUUUGAUCGCGUAAUACGGUAUGAAAUCAGAAAAUGAGAGAUUAAGUGUAAAUGGUAUGGUUUUAGUGCCAACGGUAACCUUAUUUCACAAUUUCAAGUCAGCACAAGUCGGACUACAAAUACCGGUGGAGCAACGUAAACAAGCAGAUAUCCAUUAUUAUGAAUAAGAGAAGAUUGUAAAUCAUGUGAGAUUAGCAAACUUUUCUCAACAGGCUGUUGUUGGGGAACAGUUUGUAGAGAAAUCAAGUGUAUUCAAACGUUUGUUCCCCAGGCCUUAUCUAACCACAGCUCACAGUUUUACUAAGAACUGGAUAAAUUCAAGGUAAUUUUAACACUGAGAAGAGGCAUGAUUUCCCCAUGUUUUACUAAAAUGCUCAAACUCCCUGGUGACUAAAAACGUAAUUAUCUACACUGGUUACGUUUUAUGGUAAAGGCAUUGUACUGUCUGUUGAUUUAUCUCCUGACAGAAGCGAAUAAAACUUAUUGUUCAGUGAAGGCUUGAGAAUCUCUUUUGACCGCACCCCAUACACAUUAAGAAACUAUGUGUUGGGAAAACAACAGCACACGACAGCAAUUUGACAAAUUACAUCCAGAAAAAAGCAGAGAUGACAUGUCAGCUAUAGCUGGCAGCUCCAAUAAAUCUGUUACAGCCAGCUCUGUAUUAAAAGAGUGUGUUUACAUAAUUGACAAACUGUGCCCUAACUUUUCAUUUUUUGUGUCUCCAUCAGGAGAUUCGCAACCAAGCCAGUGAAUAUCCUUACAAAGUGGCGAAACUUCCAGUGAAUCGAAAUUUGAACCGCUACAGAGAUGUCAGCCCAUGUGAGUCUUAUGAUGAAGAAGGUUGUUAGUGAAAAUGUUGUUUUUGCCAAUGACAUUUUUUUGACUAAGUAAUUCCCUGACAAUCUUCUUUCAGAUGACCACAGUCGAGUCAAACUCGAAAACUCUGAAAAUGACUACAUCAACGCAAGUUUAGUCAUGGUAGAAGAAGCCCAAAGAGCUUACAUUCUUUCUCAGGUAUGGUUCAGUACAGUACUCCAUCAUGAUCUCUCAAUACAGCCAAGAAUCUUUAAAAAUGCAGAAUAUCACUUUGAUGGUUUUUAAUUUUAUGUUUAUUUGUUUGAACAGAUAUGAUAUGUCUGGUCCAGAUCCUAUUUAAACUGCCUGAUUUGUCUGAGUUGGUUUGAUUGGCUGGGUGCAUGCAUUAAAUUGAGAUAACUGCAGCCAUUGGUACAUUUAAAUGUUCCAUUACAUCAGUGUGUAACCAACAAAAUGUCUGUUGAUAUUGAAGUGUUACCCCUAAAUCCUGUCAUGGAACACAUGUUUUUAUGUUGUCCUUAUCUUUUCUGUUUGGCCAGAGCCCACCGAUAAUACUGAUUCCCACUGUCCAUUUGAGAAUGGCUCUGGUGAAGUAGUAUUCUUCAGAUUUCUCUCGCUUACUUUCACAGGGGCCUUUGAGGAAUACCUGUGGUCACUUCUGGCUGAUGAUUUGGGAGCAGUGUUCCAAAGCGGUCAUCAUGCUUAACAGAGUAAUUGAAAAGGGAUCUGUGAGUAUACUGAAGCACCUACUGACACUGAUUUCUGUAUCUCUACCUGUUCCUGAUGAUUCUGUCAUGUGGUUUUUCUCAGCAUCAAACCUUGUUAGUUAUAUUAUCUGUAUGUGUUUCUGCUACUUAAGAAACACUUAAUCUGUAUUAAAGUACAUUUAAACUUGGGCUGGUAAGUAAGUUUCUUAAUUGGUAUUAAUCACUGUAUUUUGAUUGUUGAUUGUAAUUAAUCAGACAUUCAGAUACAGGUUGAGGUCCCAUUGACUUGCUUUUCAAAUCACUUUUAAAGCCUGUAUUAAUGAUUUAAGCAAUUCUUAACAGUCUCUUCAUUUAGGAAUCAAAUAAAUGCAAUGAAAUGUUCUGAUCUCGACAUUUUGAUUUAUCUUUCAAACGAAUGCUGCAACACCUGUGUGGUCUGAAAGUACGAGUUCUGGGCAGGGGACAACUCCAUAAUGUCUUUUCUGUGAAUCCACAUGUUAGUAAUUCUUAUUAUAAUGCUGUACUAGCUUUUGUGAUGUGGCUGCUGACAUCAGUCUGCUCAGCUGUAUGUAUGUUUAACUCAUCGGCGGAAGGUCAAACUCAAAAUACCUUGAAGCACAGUCUAUUUUCUGUGUAGCAUACCAUACAUUAGACAGGCAAAAUAUCAACACUUGAAAGAAAAACAAGAUCAGGUUCAGGGUCUAAACAUGAGGCCUCCUGUGAGUAGAGUCAACGACACUUCUUCUUUGUGGUGUAUUUGCAUCAUGAUUUAAAUGUACAGGUUUUCUUCCUAUCAGUUAAUGGCAGUGACCUUAGCAUGAGUUUUUGUUCAUACUGCUGCUGGCUGUUGACUGAUGUGUGACUUGCUGGAUUCAGUGUUUAUUUAAGAACCUCUGAGUUCAAGCUGAAAACCUGACUCGGCCAUCAUACCAUCAAACUGAGCAUCAAUGUCCCAAGAGGUUGAAAGCAGUAAUGAAGUUAAUCCGGACAAGCGCUGGAGAAAGGGUUAAUCAUCAAACUGUGUUUGGCUUAUCUGAUGUUGUCGUCAUUAACAUAAAGGAGGAUCGAUGUUUCGACAUCCCUGCAAGGGCGAGUACUUACUUGCGUUGCUUUACCAACUUGAAUGAACAGAAUUGACUUAGCUGAUUUAGAUUGGUUUGGCAUUUGGUCCUAAAACAACUUUGGUUGGAGCUGAAUUUUUCCUUUCCUGGGCUCGGAAAAAAAACGAACUGAUUUAAAAAAAGAAAAGCAAAAAAGAUUUAUGGUCCUUGUUCUGGCUGGCUGUUGCUCUUUGCAGUACAGUCCUGAACAAGAAGGCUUUAACAUUUCACAUCAUAAGACUCUAAAACUGUUCUCACAGUAUUUCUUUUCCAAGAUCUCUUCUGGACAUGUUUUAGAGUUGUGGGAAAUGUUUCACAGUCUCUUCAGAGCUUAGGGUUGAAAUCAGCUGAAGCUUUGAGCAAACAGUCUGUAUAAGAAACAGUUUUAUCUAAUUUGUAUGUCACUGUUGAUGUGUAACUUUUUGCUUCCUCUUGGCCAGGACUCCCUUGAAAAAGAGGUUUUUAAUCUCACUGGGACAUUCCUGGUUAAAUAAAAUAAAAUAAGUAAGGAAAGGGCUGUGUGAACACAACACAUUUAUGUUACAAGAUGUACUUCUUCAUCAAGACUUUGUAACUUUUCUGGAGAUAUUGAUGUUUCAGCAUCAGUAAAAUAUUGAUAAAACAGAAUUUUAUAGUUUCUGAAUCUUCAAAGUCUGUAUUUAAGUGAAAGUAGCACAAAGGAUCAGGUUUUGAUAUUGAAUAAGAUAAUUGUUGUAUGAAAAAUGUCAACUUUGGUCAAAUAAAUGCCAAUUAAAUAUUUCAAAACAGGAGGUUCAUGAAAUCACCAAACGAUUCGGAGGAUCUGGAGAAAUCUCUGUACAAAAGGAGUGAGGCUAAUAACCCAUAAUGGAUGGCAGUCAUUUUAGGGCCCUCAGGUGGCAUUGUAUAAGACAUAUAUGCCUCUGCAGUGCAAAUCACGGCAUGGCCUCAAAAUUACAUCUGACACCAUUGUCUGUGAACCAUUUUUUGCAGGUUGAAACUGUAACAUGCAAAGAGGAAACUGGAUAGACACUUUGUCCAUACAUGCUAUCAACUUCUCUGCCCAUCUAAGAUGGACUGAGGUGAAGUAGAAAGUCAUGAUCUAGCAAGUCAAAACUUGACUUUCUUGUUAUGGCACAGUUAAUGCUGAACUAUAUAUACAGCUUGCACAGACAAUGGCUUUUUAGGUUAAGUCAGUAUGUGAUACAGCGAAAGGAUACUAAACCACAUUUCAGCAGUUAAUGCAGCAUGGCUCUGUAGUAGAAGAGACCAGGUGCUAAACUGGCCUAGCUGCUGUAUUGAAAACAUUUGGCCCAUCAUAGCGCAAAACAUGCAACCAAGGAGACCCCAAACUUGUUCAGAUGAAACUCUAAUAUCAGGCAAGGACAAUAUUUGACCUUCAAAAGUCCAGGAUUGGUCUGUUUGAUUUCCUAAUGUUUCAGCAGGAUUGCAGAAAAAAAAUACAGAAGUAAACAUCCCUCAGUCUCAACUGUUUUCAAACAUUUCGCUGGUAUCAAAGUCAAAAUGAGGAUGUAUUUUUCAAAAAACAACCAUUUUCAGUUGUCAGUUCGGAUAUGUUGAAUUUGCACUGUUAAAUUAGUCCAGGAUUUGAUUCCUGUAUCUUCAUAUCAUAGUCAUAGGCGAUAUAAAGGAUAUUGUAUUUUGAGCUACUCAUACGGGUUACUACUGGCUCCUAACCUGUGAUUCCCUCCCCUGGUUCACAGAGUUUUAAUCUAUGUAAAUUAAUUGGACAUGAUUUCUGACCCAUUAGAACCAUGAGAUUAUGGGAGUACCAGAGACAAAGUCAACACAUUUUGUUUUGUUUCCACAGGAAAAGUGUGCGCAGUACUGGCCCACCACAGAAGAGCUACAGAUGUCAUUCACAGACACAGGGUUUGUUGUCAGGCUACUUUCUGAGGAGGACCAAUCCUAUUACACAAUCCGAGUCCUAGAACUGCAAAACACAAUGGUGAGCGUGCAAGGCAGAUUAUUAGAUAAUCACUUUUUUCCCCCAAAUGCUCAGUGGUGUAAUUUCAGAGAUGAUAUUUGUGAGAUGAAAAAUGCCAUGUGCUCGGUGUAUAUCUGUUGAAGAACAAGUUGCAACUGGUGUAACUUUGUGGUGGCUCUAUUAUCGAGGCAGGGCCAAUGGUCCUGAACAUUAUUUUACCUGUCUUAACUUGCAUGUUCCUCAGUGGUUGUUACUGUCUUAAAAAAAAAAAAAAAACAAGCACUAAUGUCUAAAUUCAUGAAAGAGUAAAAUGGACUUUGUCAGUCUAGUGAUUGUUUUAGCGCAGUCUUUUCUUCUGUUGUAGACAAAGGAGUCCAGGGAGAUCUAUCAUUUUCACUACACCACGUGGCCUGACUUUGGUGUUCCAGAAUCUCCCGCCUCUUUCCUAAAUUUCCUCUUCAAAGUUCGGGAGUCUGGCUCUUUGGGCCCAGAGCACGGGCCCUCUGUGGUGCACUGCAGCGCUGGGAUCGGGCGAUCUGGGACCUUUGCCCUGGUGGACACCUGCCUGAUCCUGGUGAGAAAAAGGAAAAGGGGUUCAGUAAAUACAAGCAACAUGAAUGGUUAAGGUGCUGAAGUUGACACCAUAGGGUUAAAAUGUUAUUCAAGACUUUCAAGUUAUGGCAAGAAAGCAAGAUGAGAUUUCCAGAUUACAUCUACUCGGCUGGAAAGAGAGAAGUUUCAGCAUGUUGUGUGUAAUUUUGGGCAUGGGAAACACUGAAGGUUAUUUUAUGACUCUUUCAAACAUGAGGAGGAUCAAGUUCACCUUGUAAACUUGUUGAUUAAAAUCCUCCUCGACUACCUCACCUUGACUGAGAAUGCAGAGCUAGGACCUGAAGGUGUUAGUUUUUCUUAGUUUUCCCUCAGAAAGCUUUGUGCAGUUCUUGUAGACGACACACGCUGCACAGCGAAGGGAAAAAGUACUCCAGAUACAGAGUGUUCAUGCAAAAGGCACCAGACAGCUACAGCCACUAUUUGUAAAGGAAAAGGCAUAGACUUGUUUUUUUCUCCUUCAAAGUAUGGAUCCCCAGUUUGUUUGAUUGAUUUGAAAAGUUAAAUGUAAACAGAGAGCAGCAUGUGCCCUACCUACCUAAGGUAACAGAUGAGCCUUAGUUCACUGAGAUCAUUUCUGGAGCACAGACCAAUCUGAGCAGCAAAUGACCCCGUGCCCUUUCACAGAUUAUAGCACUUACGUGGUUUCUUAAGUCAGGGAUCCAUGUGGACUCUUAAAAACCUUAAACUGGAACUCGUACCCUCUGAAUAGCAAGCAUGAUGAUUAACAUGUUAGCCUGUGCUAACCUGUCUAAAUUUUAGUGUAAACACAGCAAGCCUUCCUAUUUGUAUUGAAAAAAAAUCUGUUUUGCAGAUGGCCAGGAGGAAAAACCCAUCAUCAGUGGACAUACAAAAGGUGCUAUUAGACAUGAGGGAAUACCGCAUGGGUCUGAUCCAGACCCCUGACCAGCUCCGCUUCUCCUACAUGGCUGUCAUCGAGGGAGCCAAGCUCAUCCUGUCAGACUACUCUGCAGCACAGGUAGCUUGAUCGUUGUGUUGUUGUGGCUGUAAUCAACUGAUUUACCAGAUAGAUUCAUGCCAGAGUCCACAAACUGGUAUCUGAUCAGAGUACAGGUUUUUACUUAGACCAUGAAACAGGCACUAGAACAGUUCAAGCCUUCAGUUUUUUUUACUUCAACCCUCUUAAAACUAAAACCCUGAGCAGUUAAAGGUCACACACAGAAACACCUUUUGGACUGUCAACAUCAUAAACCUAAUUCAGGCAAAUACUCAUGCAUCCUGGAAAGCCUGAAUACAAGAGAAAAAGCAAAACGUCCUAAAAAAUCUUGUGCUUUUUUGGAAUAUUGUUUAAAAAUUCUCUUGAAUCUAUGUCAGUUUUCCCCAAAACAGACAAAUGUGUCCUUUUUGAAAUGGCUAAAUAAUGGCAAAGAUCGUCUCAAACAGAGACAGCUGUUUAUGGACAAUGAUAUUAAGAACAGCCUUCAGGUGUGAAAGUCACAUCGAAGUGGAGCAGGUAUGGGCUGGGUGAUGUAAAGGUCACUUUACAGCUGUUGUGGCUGAAACUUGAAAUAAUGUCAGAAACAUGUUUCAGUGUGAACUAUGAUAUAUUUCUGCAAAAAUGUGAGUCAGUUCUAUUUUUAUUUUUGUAAGCGUUGUGAGCAAAUGUGUGAUUGAACUUUUGUAGCUGUGUUUAAUAUAUUGUCUAACCACUAAGUAAAAGGGUGAAAAUAUGUUGUGCUUCAACAUAUUAUAACCAUUAUUGUGGGAAAUACAGAUGCGCACCAUUUUACUGUGUAGCUCAGGACUGCAACACUGGACUUUGUAGUAUCAUGGAAAACAUUUACUUCUUUCCUUGAGAGAAGAGAAAUAAAAUAAACUGAAACUGCAGUGCUACUGUUGCCAUACUGUUGUGUUAGCUACGUACAACUCUUCAGAUUAUUAACCCUCGGUUCUUUUUAAUUUUAAGCUCCAUCCAGCCUACGUUGUCCCCAAAACAUAUAUACAGACAAGUGUUCAUAAAAAAAUCAUCCCACUCUUACAUCCAUAUCUAGUGGCAGGUUGAGUUUAAUUCAAUUCUGAAAAUGUUAAGUGGAUAAAAUAGCUGACACUCAGGUCUAUUAUUCACAAACACACGCGCUCAGCCGUAUGCAGUCUCUGAAUUGAGACACAGCCUCAGAUCCUGCCUACCCCACCUUUAAGUAGGCUGGAUGGAGCUAAAAUACAGCGACAGAGCUCUACAGGUGACAGUUUUUUUUUUUGUUGUUUUUUUUUUCCAAGUAUGAAGAAAAAUAAGAACUCUCACCAAAUUUGAUACCUCAAUCUAAAAAAAUGUGACUGUCAGCUCAAAAUAAAGAUGAAAAAAAGGACAAAUGUCCUCAAAACAGACAUAGUAGGAACUGAGGGUUAACCAACAGUGUUAACACAAGGGUGUAUUUGGGGUCUUAAUUGAGGGUAAAUUACUCAGCCCUGUGUUGCAUCUUUUGCUUGAUGUCACCUGUAGCAGAACAGGCAGAGAGUAAUGUCCAAAGAAGACCUGGAGCCAGAUCUGCCCCCUCCACCGCCUCCCCCUAGACCUCACGUCAAUGACAACAGGCCCAAUGGUCAGCCGGGUUCCUGUCUGGAGCCACAAGCUGACUCCAGGGACCACCUGCCUGCAGAACAGCCAGAGAGCCAAGACCACAACAUUGCAGAGAACUCUGGGAAGUAAGUAUCAUCUCAGGACUCGUUCAAUGUAUUGAAUUUCUUUAGUUUCUAACAGGAAAAAGCUGCCUUUUUAGGUUCGCCUGGUUCCACUGUUAGGCCUGAGUGUCAGAUGUUACCUGACUGUUUGCGUAGUGGCAUUCACCUGCAGUGUGCCCACAAGGUAGAGUUAGCACGUAGAUGUUCCAGCCUGUAAAAAGCCAGAUUUACCAUCCAUCAGGACAGAAUGUGAGUAGUGUCAUUCAAGCUCACAUGUCAACAGAAAGUAAAAAUCAGUCAUGUUGUUCAUGCCAGCAAUUAUUCUAAGGAUCUGAGAAAUCCUGCAUCACUUUUCUCCAUCAGGCCACCACUGCACUUUUUUUUUUUUUGCUUUGUCAGUUGAAAAUCAUGUGGUUUGUGGCUCUGGCUAAAAAAAAACUUCACAUUGUAUCAGUCCACGUUUAGUGUUGCACCAGUACUCAGAAAUCCACUUUCUUUUGUACCUUUUCAAACCAAUUUAAUCUACAAGGUCAUGUUUGUGAAUAACCUGUGGUUUACAUAUACACUGCCAUCAGCUCUGUCCACAUAGUUUUAUAAUUCUUUGGCACAUAGGCUGGACUGUGACUUGAUGUGAUUUUCACACUGUUGUUUGCCGAGUACUUAACCUCAACUGACUCUUGUUUCAGCGUCAGGAAACGUCGUGAAGAAAGGAUUGCCAGCACCACACAGAAGAUCCAGCAGAUGAAACAGAGACUGACCGACUCAGAGAGGAAACGAGAGAAGUGGCUGUACUGGAGACCCAUCCUUCUCAAUGUGGGUGCUGGAGCAGCCUUGGCAGUGGGCCUGCUGGUGUGCUGGAUGUACUCCCAGUGAAACAUUUGGGGUCUCUUAUUACUGACUCCUUUUUUGCACCAGUACCUGGGAUUAGGUACUUCUUCAAGUAGAUGUAGAUGGUAAUAUGUGCAUAACUGAGGGUAUUUAUUUCUUAAGGUCAAAAUGCGGGAGCGCUAGAUCAAAUGAUUGUGUGUGUGUGUGUAUUUACGAUGUAUGAUCUUAACAAAUAUAGUCACAUCUCAGGAUCCUGGUGCCAGCACGACGAUUUCCUUUCUUUCUUGUCAAUGUUGAUGAAUGUACUGUAUCAUAGCAGACUGCUUUGAGAGAAACGUACUUAAGUUGCAGUACAAAGCAAAAAAUAUAUAUAUUCUAACAGGUUUGUUUUUGCAUUCUUCAUUUUUAAUGGCCAGGUGUGUGUUGAUCAUCUUUGGACACUUUGACAUUUCAGAAUAACUUGUGUUGACUUUCCAACCUAAUUUAGGUGCAUAGAAAACCUCUCGAGCCCUAAAAGUCAGCUAUGGAUUUAAUUUUUCCUGUCAUCUGUAAUGAAACUUGUAUUUCAUGCAUGCAUUUAGAGUUUUCCAGAGCACCACUUGUUCUUCCAUUCAUGCAAAGCAGGGCGUCCCAAAAUGGCCAGGUAUACAUAUAUAUAAAUAUAUUUUUUGUGACUGGACACUUCAUGGGGAGCUGCCUUGCUGACGUUUCAAACUCUGUUAGAAUGUUAAUCUUUCAUUUUCUCAUGUAAGAGCAUCAUUUUUUCAUAGAUUUCUGUUUGACAGGUUGUCUUGUCCCUCGCCGUGUAAUGUGUAUCUACCCACUGGAUGGGUGUGUAAAUGUGUGUGAAUGUGUUUCGGUUAUCCCACUGUUAUUUUUUAAGGAAACCAAAGCAAAGCUGUUCAAUAUUUGGAAGAUUACAGCUGAGCAAGCUGUCAAAUGAUUAACCUUGUUCUCCAACUGUGGAAUGUAAUUUCUGUCGGGUCUCUGACUAAAUGAACACCUGCGUUACAAAGUAAAAGCGCCAGAGCUUUGUACUGCAGAGGACUUCAGAAUUUGAUCCCAGCACACCAGUGAAUUGGUCCUCAGUUAGCUGGGACCAGUCUGAAGCGAAAAUGGUGCGAUGUAGAUGUGGAGCAGAGCACUUGGGAUAAAAUUCCAGUUAGGCUAGUGAUAGCAUCCAUUAUCUUUACCUGUGUGUUUGCUGGUCGAGAUAGCUUUUUAUGUGCCUUGAAGUGAGUUAAAAAAAUAAAAUGUGUGCUCCGAGGUUUCAAAGCAUGGUCAGUUUAGAUGAAGGCUUGUGUGAGCUGAUGUGUCAUAUGUAACAUGAGUAACAGCACUGAACAGUCUGAUUUAACUUGAGAUGGAUGUAUCCCUGGCAUCCUCUUUUGCCUGGGAAGAUAAUUGGAGAGAAACCACUUUACUUGGAUCUUAUUUAAACCAGAGAAAUACAUUUGAACGUUACAUUCCAUUCAUUCUUGUUUUUCACAUAAGAUUUCAGGGGAGUUUUGUACACUGCUGAGCUGCAGUGCAAACAUGACAGAUGGUGUUUUGAAAAAAAAAAAAAGAGAACAAAACACAAAAUAAUUCUUAAAAUAAAGCAUUCAUCUUUUUUUUUUAACCAAA